AUGAAGCAGCUGUCGGAGCUGGGCGAGCACCCGGGACACGUCUGGUGCGCGGCCCUGGACUGGGAGUCGCAGACCGUGGUCAGCGGCGCGGAGGACGGCCUGCUGCGCGUCUGGCGCCUCGAGGCGCCUGCGCGCCCGCGGCGGCUGGAGGGGCACCAGGCAGACGUCUGGGCGCUGGCGGUGGACUGGGGCGCGCGGAGGGCGGUGAGCGGCGGUCGGGACGGCUCGCUGCUGUGCUGGGACCUCGGCCGGUGCGAGCCCACGCGCAGGCUGCGCGGGCACAGCAAGGACGUGCUCUGCGUGGCUGCCAGCUGGGCCAGAGACCGGGUCGCGAGCGGAAGCGCCGACGGCUCUGUCCGCCUGUGGGACGUGGCCCGCGGAACGUGCGUUGCGGCACUCGCCGGCGGCCACGACGCGGUCUGGAGCAUAGGCGCCGAUUCGUCGCUGCUGCGCGUCCUCGGCGGCGGGAGGAGCGGGCGCCUGCUGCUCUGGCAUCUUGAGGGCAGGGACGCAGGGCCGCCAGAGCACGAGCUGGCGCCGGGCUCGAGCCCCGUUGCCGCCGUGGCGCUCGAUGCCGCCGGGCAGCGCGCGCUGAGCGGCCACUGGGACGGCUCCGUCGUCCUCUGGGACCUCGACGAGAGGCGCGCGCUGGAGGCACUGCGGCCGACGGGGUCCGGCCGCGUGGAGUGCCUGUGGGUGGACUGGGCGACGUGA